AUGGUAAAGACAAGUCAAGACGUAAACUGCACAAUGUUCCAGAUCAACAUAUCACCAUCUUUUCUCGUCAUAAUUGUACUAACGAAUGCCACGGAAGAAAUAUUGAGGCUCAAAUCAGAAACUGGUAGCACCAUGAAGUUCAUGACGUUGGUGAAAUACUCAAAGUCACGUGAAGGAAUCAGUCACUUGGUUGAUGAUGAUGUUGGAAGACUCAAGAAAGAAUGCCUUGAGGAAGAGCUUCGAAAUGCACCUUCGAUCAUGCAAGGUUCACAAAACUUAACAGCUAUCGAAUGUUAUGAACGCAUCCGCAAAAAAUACUUUAUCACCUGCAACACUGCCACAAGAGCAAUAACCAAUGUUGGUGUCUUCAAUAAAUAUCGAACACAUCAAGAAGCCUCGCCAGGGAUCAAACUGCCAUAA